AUGAUCAUUUUAUUUCUAUUAACAUUAAUUGGGACAAAUAUUAUCGAUAGUAGUCACUCUAAUGGUGGUACUAUAAACUGGGCAUCAGCAUAUCCUAAUUCUUCUUCUUCAUCAAUUGUGAUUAUUGUUACACAAUUUUAUUCGUGGCAGUAUCCGACUAUAAGUUGUUUGACAAAUGUACCCACCUCAACUGAUUGGCUUUUAUAUCCCAGUGUUAGUUUAACUUGUGUUGCUAAUUGUUCUACCCAAGGUGGCUAUUCUAGUAAUACAAUUAGUAUUUUAACUGAUUGUACUUCAUACAGCGCAUCAUUGGGAAUUUUAUCAAGUCAACGAUCUGUUAAUAUAACAUCUAAUGAAAGUACGUAUUUUUGGAUCGCUUAUCAAGGUAUUUCUUGGAGACCUUUGGCGAACGCUGCAACAAGUUUUAAUCCUGGAUGGUCAAUUGUAUCUUUGAUUAACCUUCAAAGACGUCCCGAUGGUUUAAUUAACACUCAACCAGUGUCGCAGGUAACUUCGCCUCAAUAUGUUAUUGUCAACAAUACAGCUACAAUUAAAAUACCUGUGACAGAUGUUGACGUAGGUGAUGAUAUACGUUGUCGAUGGUCCUCAAAAAACAGGUACUGUAUACAAACAUGAAUUAAUAACUUUCACAUCUUCUGGCACAAUUAAACAUAUAGAAAUUCUAUCAGCGAUAUGAUAGCCGUGUGACUUACAAAAAGACGUGUUAAAUGGAUGUGUUAUAGAAGUGAAAAUAAUAUCCACGUCUGCUUUAAGACAGCCUUCACGAGAGUACCAAGGAUCACCCCAGUAUACGAGGCACUGUUCAAAGAUUAAAUUUUUGAUUUUUAGCUCAUUUGGUUGUACUAUAAUAAAGUUAGUCUAUAUCGACUUUUUACCAUUACUUACCUAUCAUCAAGAAAUACUCAUAAAUCGUUCCAUAAAUGUCUAUCAGGUUUACAUUUCAACAAGUUAAAGCAUUUUUUUCGUGCAAUAUACCAAACAUUAGACGUCGUUGCUGUAAAUGUUAACACACAAUCAGAUAAAUUUGCAAAACUAAUCGUACUCGCAGAAGUACAAACAUCACCACAUUCAUCAACACCAUAUGCACUAUUUACGAAAAAGAAUAUACGUAGGUCCAGCGAUCCGAGAACGGAUCCGAUGGUCGGUCCUAUUGAAAUUCCAAUCCUAUCCGACUGUAAGAAGCGACGCAUAUUCCGUCCGUCGGAUUCCUAUAAAAUUUCUGUAAAAUCCGUAAUGAGCUGCAAUCCCUUGGAGAAGUCUGCUGUCCAAACUCUAACAGACCUUAAACAUGACUUUGUGUGGGCUUAUGCUGUUGAAAUUUGAUGUGAUUCUUGCGACCUCCCGAUCAAAGAUCGCCACGGGUCACACGACAGUUAUUUUCUUCACGUCGGGUUAUGCUCUCAUACAAGGAUUUGUACAGGAUGAUCCAAAAAAAACUUAUCCCCUGUGUAUUUAUUGACUUUCUUGUGUACAAAUAUAAUUUAACUUUCUGUCAUUAGUUUAUUCAAACAGAGUAAAGAUUUCUGGACAAAAUGAGACGUCUUCGA